UCUCCCUCCUCCUCUUCUCCCUUCUCCUUCUGCUCCAGCUCCGCGAGGGCCCGGCCGCUGCUCCGCGCCCCGCCCCGCCCCGGGGAUGCGCUGCUCGGCGGCCGCUCGUAGGAGCUGCGCGGCGGGCGGGGAGCGGGAUGGAGGUGGAGGAGGCGUUCCCACUGGUGGGGCAGAUGGGCCCUUACCAGGUGUACCUGUGUGUCCUGCUGGCUGUGCUCCUCCAGCUUUAUGUGGCCACUGAAGCCAUCCUCAUCGCAUUGGUGGGUGCAACUCCUCCCUACCACUGGGAUCUCCAAGGGCUCUCAGCUAAUCAGAGCCAUGGCAACCAUUCAGAGAGCGAGCAGAGAGCUUUUGGGGAAUGGCUUCUGACUGCCAAUGGCAGCGAGGUGCGUAAGCACGUGCACUUUGGCAACAGCUUCACAUCCAUAGUCUCUGAGUGGUUUUUAAUUGGCAAUGCAUCAUACAAAGUCAGUGCUGCCAGUUCUUUCUACUUCAGCGGUGUGUUUGUUGGAGCCAUCUCCUUUGGCCAGCUGUCUGAUCGCUUUGGGAGGAAGAAAGUCUAUCUCACAGGUUUUGCUCUUGACAUUGUAUUUGCCAUUGCGAAUGGAUUCUCACCCUCGUAUGAAUUCUUUGCCGUUUCCAGAUUCUUGGUAGGGAUGAUGAAUGGUGGGAUGUCACUGGUAGCCUUUGUUCUACUGAAUGAGUGUGUGGGUACAGCCUACUGGGCAUUAGCAGGUUCUAUUGGUGGCUUGUUCUUUGCUGUUGGAAUUGCCCAGUAUGCUUUAUUAGGGUAUUUCAUUCGUUCCUGGAGGACUCUGGCUGUUGUGGUUAAUCUGGAAGGAACAGUUGUCUUUCUCCUCUCUCUAUUCAUUCCUGAGUCCCCACGCUGGCUCUAUUCCCAGGGCCGUCUGAACGAGGCAGAAGAUGCCCUCUACCUCAUUGCAAAGAGGAACCGCAAGCAGAAAUGCACUUUUUCAUUAAAGCUCCCAGCAGAGAGGAGCUCCAGAGAGGCUGGCAGCUUUCUGGACCUGUUCCGAUACAGGAUUCUCCUGGGACGCACCUUGAUCAUGAUGUUCACCUGGUUUGUGUGCAGCUUGGUUUACUAUGGUCUCACCCUUAAUGUGGGUGACUUAGGUGGAAGUAUUUAUGCCAAUUUAGCCCUGUCAGGCUUGAUAGAAAUCCCAGCGUACCCAAUCUGUAUUUACUUGAUUAACCAGAAAUGGUUUGGUCGGAAGCGAACGCUGAGUGCAUUUCUGUUCCUGGGAGGAUUGGCUUGUCUUAUUGUCAUGUUUCUGCCUAAGAAGAGAGAUACUGGAGUGUUUGCAGUGGUGAAUAGUCGCUCUCUGUCUUUGCUGGGAAAACUGACAAUCAGUGCUGCUUUUAACAUUGUCUACAUCUACACAUCAGAACUUUAUCCCACAGUCAUCAGGAAUGUUGGAAUGGGUGCCUGCUCCAUGUUUUCCCGUGUUGGUGGAAUCAUUGCGCCUUUUGUCCCUUCAUUGAAAUCUGUACAGUGGUCUCUGCCUUACAUUGUGUUUGGAGCAACUGGUCUGUUGUCUGGGCUCUUAAGCUUGUUGUUGCCAGAGACCCUAAACAGCCCUUUGCUAGAAACUAUUUCAGACCUGCAGGUGUGCUCCUACUGGAGGCUGGGUGAUGAAGCCAUGUCACUGCAAGCCCUAGAUGGCUCACAGUCUGGAGACAAAGACAGCUCUACAGGGAGUGGAAGUGAAGAUGAGGAGUUCUAUGAUGCUGAUGAAGAGACUCAUAUGAUCAAGCAAUGAAAA